AUGAUUGUUAAUAGGGUUGUCGCUCUAACUAGAGGCCUGGAAAACCCUAAACAUCCUUUAUUGGGGCCAAACCUGCAAGGACUGUAUUUCUUUGGUCUUUGGCAUAAAUCUAAUAAGACUCGGAAUAUUCUGUUUAACGUAUUUCAUACAGCCUGCUGUCUGUUCGUUAUAUCUCAGUUCUAUGCACUUUAUUUGAUGAAAAAUGAUUUCAUACAAGUGCUUUUAAAUUUCUCAUUGACUGCUGUCAGUCUUAUAUCAAUUUCGAAGAAUAUACGAACAGUAUGCUAUCAGCGUCGAUGGAAUGAAAUAUAUUGUAUGAUAUCUAAAGAAGAAAUCUCGAACUUAAAAAAAGGAGAGUUGAAAAUACAAAAGCUAAUGAAAGACUAUAUAGUUUAUGCCAGAGUUGUUACUUAUUUAUAUUGGUCUACAGCAGUUGUUACGUGUAUUGCAUUAUUAAUAUCUCCAUUCUUAAAAUUCGCUACAGAUCCAAUUUAUCGUGAAUUAGUACACAAUGGAACUGAGCCAUAUCCACAAAUAUUGUGUUCUUGGUAUCCAUUUGAUAAUACCAAAAUGCCUGGGUACUUUUUUGGAAUGUUCUGGCAUGUGGUUAUUACUAUUCAAGGAGCCGGCGUUAUCGCUGUAUUCGACAUGAACGCCGUCAGUAUAAUGACAUUUUUAAAAGGGCAAUUGAAAAUUUUACACUAUAAGUGUGAAAUCAUAUUUGAAAACAAUACAUCUAGCAGUAACAGCGUAGAGAGAAACAUCAAAGAAUGUUUCAGAUUGCAUUCUUUCCUUACAAAGGUUUUUAAUAUGAUAAAUUCACUAUUAUCGCCAGUGAUGUUCUUGUACGUUCUGUUAUGUUCAGUAAUGAUCUGCUGUAGUGUGGUUCAGUUGAGUUUAGACAAACUAGGAUUAUCUCAGAAGCUGCUUGUUUUGGAAUACACCGUCGCGUUAGUAGUACAAUUAUUUAUAUACUGUUGGCACAGUAAUGAAAUAACUGAAUACAGUAGUUGGGUGGAUCGUGGUGUAUUUAACAGUAACUGGUGGGUGGGUGACGUCAAAAAGCGAAGACUGUUAUUGCUUCUGGCUGGCAAGAUGUCUAACCCAUUUAUAUUUAAGGCGGGCCCCUUUACAGUUCUCUCCGUGCAGACCUUUGUUGAUAUAAUGAAGGGGUCUUACAGUUUUUAUACUUUAUUCACAUGUGUUGAUGAAUCCACAGAAUAAAAAGGUUUCAAAAAUUAUUUCAACUUAAAUAAAAUUUCUAUAACAUCUU